CAGAAGAGAGCAGCAUGGACCGUCAACAUGAAGUUAAUACUUAGCAGAUCUUUUGGUGGGACUCCACUCUAACAGAAAACUAAAUAGAUAUAUCAGCACCUAUGGCCUGUCUGGAGAGAAACAACAAAAUCCUGCUGGAGUUGGUGCAACAGCCUGGUAACAACAAAUGUGCUGACUGUGGAGCUCCUGAGCCGGACUGGGCCUCGUGCACUCUUGGUAUCUUCGUGUGUCUGAACUGCUCAGGGUUGCAUCGUAAUUUACCCGACAUCAGCAGAAUGAAAUCCAUACGUCUGGAUCUCUGGGAAGAUUCACUAGUAGAGUUCAUGCGGGAGAGAGGGAACUCUGCAGCCAAAGCCACUUUCGAGAAGUGUGUCCCUGCCUUUUUCUACAGACCGCAGCAAAAAGACUGCAUAGUUCUCAAGGAUCAAUGGAUCCGUGCAAAGUAUGAAAGAAGAGAAUUCACAGGAGAAAAAACCUACUGUCAACAAAGUUAUUGCUCAGAUCUGUUUGAGUCAGCACUGUGGAAGAAAGGAAAAGACAGCAAGCAAUUUCUCAAGAGGUUCUUUCUUUUGUCCCAGAAAGACUUCACCCUCAGAUACUUCAUUAAAGAGGAUUCCAAGGCUCCCAAAGAGGUCAUCAGCAUGAACGAUCUGAACGCAGUUUUCCAGCCGGAGAAGGUCGGCCAUGCUCACGGUCUGCAGAUAUCCUACCUGCAGGACGAACACAUGAGGAAUCUGUUUGUUUACCAUGAGAAUGGGCAGGUCAUUGUGUCCUUAUUCAAUGCUAUCCGGGCAACACGCUUGGCUUACCUACAGAAGAAACAUCCCACCCUACAAGACAAUGACUUUAUACCUCAGUUGACAAGACGAUGUCUGAAGGAGGGAUACAUGGAGAAAACUGGCCCAACGCAACGAGAGCCGUUCAAGAAAAGAUGGUUCACACUGUGCUUGAUGAACAGAAAACUUCUGUAUUUUAAAACUCCACUGGAUGCUAAAGAGCUGGGCGCCGUCUUCAUUGGCACUGAGAGCCACAGCUACUCUGUCUCAGAGAACAGUGGCAAGAGCUCGAGGGGAGGCCGCUGGCACUGUGGCAUCACCCUGCAGACUCCAGGCAGACAGUUUGUGUUCAUGUGUGAGCAGGAGCAGGAGCGGAGGGAGUGGCUGGAGGCACUGAGAGAGGUCAUUGCUCAGCCCAUGACCGCAGAGGACUACUCUAAUGAAGCCAACUUGAGAAGGGGGAAAUGACCAGAACACCUUUGUUUGGGACAUAACACACUAAUCACCUCACUUUCAAUCCUGCCAGUGAGGACAGAGAGAAGUACAACCAAACUCUCUUCCAUACCAGCAGGACUCUUCAGCUCCACUGACAAAAAGCUCAACUCCAACACUUUGCAAAGGCUACAGCCUCUGUGGUUGCUGUGUUACACUUUGGAGAAGUUGUUGACAAAACUGAGACGUUCCUGCCUUGUGAGAUUAUUGCACUGUUUUUGCCACCGUGAUGACUGAUGAAGGCAUUCUCUUGUAGGACACCAUGAAUACACUGGAACCAAAUGUUGUAUUUAUUAAAAACAGGGCGGUGGCCUAGUAGACUAAGUGGACCACAAAUCAGAGUGAAGGUUGCUGGUUCAACACUGAGGAUGGCCCAAAAAGAAAGAUGUACCUUGACCAUAAGGACCUGGAUUUGCUGGAGUCUCAGAUGGACUCUCCCUAUCCCACUGUCCCCUGCCCCCCUGAGCAAGGCACCCUACUCCCACUCCACCAUCCCUCUCCACAUUGUGUGUGUGUGGUUGUG